CUCAAAUUUAAGUAAGGUUAAGAAGUUAAAAGUGUGUUUUAUUUAUAAUAAGAUUUGUUAUAAAUAAUUAAGUUUAACCUAGUGAUUAUAGUAGUCCGUGAGAUUCAUAAAAAUUAUCAAAAUUCGUUUUACUAAUUUUUGUAGAGUUUUACUUAACAUGGGUCGGAAGCACCGGACAAGAAGAAAUCAUCAUUUUAAUCAUAAUAAGGAUGCUCAAAAACCGGAUAAUGUAGACACUCGAAAACCCUAUAGCGACAUAAUAAGAGAAAAUGAAAAGUUCGAGCAGUAUUAUAAACAUCUUAAUAUCUGCAAAGAAGAAGAAUUUAAUACGUUCGUAUCGUGUUUAAAGACGGAUUUACCAGCAACUUUUAGAAUAACCGGUUCGAAAGGAGUCGUAUACAAAUUAUUGGAAAUUGUUCAAGAUCAACUGAUAAGAGAUUGUGUCAACGAAGUAGAAGGAUUGGAAAAGCCAAAAAUAUUUCCCAUACCAUGGUAUCCCAACAAACUAGCAUGGCAAAUGGAAAUAACCAGAAACGAUAUAAGAAGAUGCGAAGCGUACUAUAAGCUUCACAACUUUUUGGUGUCCGAGACGGAAAAUGGUACUAUUUCCAGGCAAGAAUCCGUUAGUAUGAUACCUCCUCUGCUCCUCGAUGUUCAACCACAUCAUAAGAUACUAGACAUGUGCGCUGCACCAGGAUCAAAAACUGCGCAGCUUUUGGAACUUCUCCAUGCGAGCGAAGAGCCCAUACCAUCGGGCUACGUCAUAGCCAAUGACGUUGAUAACAAACGUUGCUACAUGUUGGUCCAUCAAGCUAAGAGAUUGAAUUCUCCUUGCAUUGCCGUUAUAAACCACGACAGUUCCAUUUUACCCAAUCUUUCGAUGACUCUACCUGAUGGGUCAACCGAACAGGUGAAAUACGAUAGGAUUCUUUGCGAUGUUCCCUGUUCGGGCGAUGGGACUUUACGAAAAAAUCCUGAUAUAUGGAUGAAAUGGACAGCAGCAAAUGGAUUAAAUUUACAUGGUGUACAAACCAGAAUACUAAGAAGAGGAAUUGAAUUGUUGAAUGUGGGUGGAAGAUUGGUGUAUUCUACUUGUUCCCUCAAUCCCAUUGAAAACGAAUCUGUCGUACACAGAAUUUUAACGGAAUUCGAAGGUGUUUUAGAACUAGUUGAUGUUUCCAACGUUCUACCCGGCUUAAAAUAUUCACCCGGAAUGGAAGAUUGGCCAGUGUCGAGUAGAAAUCUAGAAUUCUACAAAACAUUCGAUGAAGUAGACGAAAAAUGGAGAACAACUAUCAGACCUCAAAUGUUCCCGCCUAAAGUUGAAGACAGAAGCAAGUACAAUCUUAAUAGAUGCGUACGAAUUUUGCCGCACCAACAAAAUUCUGGAGCUUUCUUUGUGGCUGUUUUCAGAAAACUGAAAACCUUACCCGAGAAACCGAGCUCCUUAGAUUCGGAAAACAAAGAGACGCUGGACAACAAUAAAAGAGAUAACGAGGACAGCAGACCGCAAGGACAAAGGAAAAGAAGGAAAAAGGACGCCUAUACAGAAGAUCCUUUCGUAUUUUUUACUGAAAACGAACCAGUCUGGAACGACAUCAAAAGCUUCUAUCAAGUAUCGGACAGCUUCGAUUCGAAGUGCCUGUUGACGAGAUGUCACGUGGGUAAAAAGAAGAAUAUUUAUUUGACCUCAGAAGCAGUUAGGAACUUGGUAAUCACCAAUCAGGGGGCUGUAAAACUAAUCAACACAGGCGUGAAGGCUUUCGUGCGCUGCGAUAACAAAAACAUGAAGUGUGCUUUCAGGAUCGCUAACGAUGGAUUGGAGAGCAUAUAUCCUUAUAUCGGAAAUGAUAGGAAAGUGAUGAUUCCAAGGGAUGAUUUGAUUACUUUAUUAAUGAAUGAUACUCCUCAAAAAUCGCCUCCUAUAGCCGAGCUUUCGGAAUCGAUUCGAAACCAAGUGGAUAAUUUAAGUCCAGGUAGUUGUGUACUCAUUUAUAAAGAAGAAACUUCUACUAACCCACUUGUUAUUCACAUAAGCGGGUGGAGAGGUACCACUUCUUUGAGAUGUUACAUGGACAGACAUAGUACUUUCCAUUUACUGAGACUUUUAGGCGGGGAUGUUUCGAAAUACGACAAAAAUAAAUUCAAAAAAGACGAUUCGGAAGAAGCUCGAAACGUCGAAGAAGCCGAGGAAGAGGAAGGUUUAAAAGAGUAGUUUUU